AUGGCCGCCGGCGGGGACGGGGCGGCGAAGCCGCUGCAAACCGCCAUGAAGCUGGCGGCCGGGGCGAUCGAGCUGGACACCGGGAACCGGCCGUGGGAGGCCUACGUGGAGUACCUGAAGAGCAUCAGCUACAUUUCCCAGGCCCUGCUGGAGGAAGCAGCAGCAGCGAAAGGUGGGAGCGACGCCGUGACACCUGACACCCCAAAGAUGCUGAAGCUUGCCGAGCAGUGCUUGGAGCGAGCCAAGUCCAGCACCGCCGUGCUCGGGAAUGUGAAGCCAGCGGCCCACGAGAGGGGCCCCAGCCCUGCUCCCAUUUCUAGGCACCGCAGGGUCUUCUCAGAUGAGGGGGGGAAGCUGUCUCCCUUCCUCCCCCCGGAGAUCUUCCAGAAACUGCAGAUCACCAAAGCUCAGGGCACUAAAAAGGAGCUCACCCCACUGGAGGAGGCAUCGCUGCAGAACCAGAAGCUGAGAGCUGCGUACGAGGCCCGGGUGGCACGGCUGAACCCCAGCCAGGCUGUGCAGAAGACUUCCCUGACGCUGUCCCUCCAGCGGCAGAUGAUGGAGAACCUGGUGAUUGCCAAAGCCCGGGAGGAGACGCUUCAGAGGAAGAUGGAGGAGCGCAGGCUGCGGCUGCAGGAAGCUGCCAACAGGAGGUUCUCCAGCAGCAUCGCCCUCACCCCCGAGGAGCAGGAGCAGAGGGCGCUCUAUGCUGCCAUUCUGGAGUACGAGCAGGACCAUGAGUGGCCGAGGCUCUGGAAAGCCAAGCUGAAGAAGAACCCGACAGAUCUCGCUCUGGUGUCCAGCCUCAUCUCCCACCUCCUCAGCUUCCCCGAGCACCCCAUUGCCCAGCUGUUGAAGACGCUCCAGCAUGUGAUCUACAGCAGGCUCUACCCCAUCGUGAGCCAGAACCUCGCUGACCUCAGCACUGCUUCCAGGACCUCCAGGGGCUUCUCCUCCCUCUCGCUGGAUGCUGAGGGACUGCUGACCCCAGCGCCUGGGGGCCAGAGACUCAGGUCCUCCCAGAGCCUGUACUGCAUGGCCUCCGUCCAGGAGAACAAGGUGAACUUGCGACACAGCCUGUCCACGACGCCCCUGAGCGAGGACCUGGGGACAGAGAGCAGCCCGCAGGAAGAGGCGCCUGCCCGCCUGGCCGACAGAGAGAGCUCCUUUGAGGACCUGGAACGGUUCCUGGCAGCACCUGAGAGCUGGCCCACUGGCCCCCCAGCGGAGCCCCCGGCCCCAGCUGAGAAGAAGGCCUCUCUGCGGGAGCAGCUGAAAGCCAUCGUGAAGGACAUUCACAACUCAGUGGACAGGCUGCUGUCCCUGACCCUGCUGGCUUUCGAGGGCCUGAACACCGCCUCCUCCAAGGACCAGUGCCUGGCGCGCAUUGAGGAAGCCUUCUUCUCACCUCUCUGGGCUCCCCUGCUGGCCCUCUACAGGAGGGUCUACCAGGCCCGGGAGGUGGCCCUGUCCAGGAGCAUGGAGCGCCACAGGAACAUGCCCCCUUCGGAACUAGGAGUCUCCGCUAACCUCUUCCCCCAGGGCAGCAAAGGCCAUGCAGCAGGUUCCUACCCUUACAGCACGGCGGUGCAGGAGCUGGGGCUGAUCCUGCUGGAGAGCUGCCCGCAGAGGAAGCUGGAGUGCAUUGUGCGAGCCCUUCGUGUGAUCUGCGAGUGCGCCGAGGAGUACUGCGCUGCCCGGGAGAGCCGGCUCCAGCCCGCAUCCGCAGCCAUUGGUGCCGACGACCUCUUGCCCAUCCUGUCCUACGUGGUGCUGAAGAGUAACCUCCCGCAGCUGGUGGCGGAGUGCGCGGCGCUGGAGGAGUUUAUCCACGAAGGGUACCUGAUCGGAGAGGAGGGUUACUGCCUGACCUCCCUGCAGAGCGCGCUGGCGUACGUGGAGGCCUUGCACAGAGGAGCCAUGGUGAAGUAA